GGUAGCUUCCAAUCCAAGGUCUUGAAAACCAUCGUGAAUGGCGUCUAUAACCAUCCAUUCCUCCUCCACCGUGGUCCCCAGCCACCCUACUCCCACCGGCACGUUCUCCUUCUCCGAGUGCGACCAAUACAGGGCAUGGACUCACCUCCCCACCAUCUACGUCUACAAAUCCCCGGCAACUGAGGUCGUCGCGGUCGAGUCCUUAAAAACCUCCCUCAGCCAAAUCCUCGUCCCUUACUACCCUCUCGCCGGGCGUCUCCACUGGCUCCCUGGCGGCCGCCUCGAGCUUGACUGCUGCGCUGCUGGAGUCCUAUUCGUUGAAGCUUCCACCGACGCCAAGCUGGAAGAUUACGGUGACUUUGCACCGUCGGAUGCUGUAAGACAACUCAUCCCCACCGUGGAUUACAAUUCUCCGAUCGAAGAGCUGCCGUUGCUUCUAUUUCAGGUGACGAGAUUCAGCUGCGGUGGGGUUGUAAUUGGCGUAGCUAAUUGUCAUACGGUGGUGGAUGGCGCCUCCGCCAUCACGUUCAUUAACUCGUGGGCGAGUAUGGCGCGUGGAGAGAAGACGGUGGAGACUAUUUUGCAGCCGUUGCAUGACCGGAAGUUUCUGAUGCCGGAGAAGCCGCUGCGUCCGCCGCGGUUCGACCACAUUGAAUUUACUAAACCACCCCCAGUUAUCCUUGGCAGCUCCAACCCUGAGGAGGAGGCAAAGCAAGAAACCACAUCGGCAUUGCUCAAACUUACUAAAGAACAAAUUGAAAAACUGAAAAAAAAAGCAAAUUCAAACCUAACCAAUCAAACCAUGGGCGUGGCUGAUGAAGUACAACCACGGCCGUACUCUCGAUUUGAGGCUAUUACCGGACACAUGUGGGUUUGUGCAUGCAAGGCUCGCAAUACCGGCGAGAGUCGUCAGCCGACGGUGAUUCGUAUCCCUAUUGAUGUAAGAAGACGGAUGCAGCCACCCAUCCCAGAAAACUUUUCAGGGAACUCAUCUUUCGUCGUCUUAACACCGGAGUGCGAAUUCGGUGAAUUGAUGUCUCAACCAUUGAGCUAUGCUGCAGGAAAGGUAAGAGAAGGAACAUGGAAGAUGACUGGCGAAUAUGCACAAUCAGUGGUAGACUAUCUAGCAGGGCAAGACGACAUUAGCUGGUUGAGAACAUCAUUCCACUCUAAAGUUCUAGUCAAGGCUUCGUUCUGGGGUAACCCUAAUCUUUCAAUAGGGAGUUGGAUAUCAUUGCCGUUUUAUGAGGCAGAUUUUGGCUGGGGACGACCGAGUUACUUCGGGCCAGCAACAUUAAACAUCGAUGGAAAGUCGUACAUAAUGGUGGGGCCAUCAGAUGAUGGGUCACUCAUAGUAGCGAUACGGUUACAAGCAAGGCAUAUGGAUGGUUUCAAGAAGUAUUUCUAUGAAGAUAUAUAAAAAUUCGAAUAACUUGAAAUCGUUAGUGUUGAGUAAUCUCUAUGUUUCCGUUUUUUCUUGCAUGUUCUUCAUGGUUGUCCCCAUAGUUUGUUAUAAAGCCAUGCUAUGUUCUUCUUUCUAUGUAAUAUUUUGUUCGGUUU